AUGGCAGACACCAUGACUUUGUCCUCGGCUGUACGCCUUCCAACACCUCCACCGGGCGCCACUUAUUCACCCGGGCCAUCAGGUGCAAGGAAACGGUCGCCGCCUUCACGAUCCCCUUCGCCUCGGCGUCGUCGGUUAGCCCGGACAGAAGAGGAUGGCAGGCGGAAACCGGACGGGGAAGAACAGGAGCGGGAAGUCGAUGAACGAGAGCGGGAGCUCAUGGCAAGAUUCAAGCCUCGAGAAAAAGAGGAAGCGAAACGGAAGCCCAUGACUGCGGAAGAGAAACAAGCUGCCGCGAAAGCCGAAUAUGAGAAACUCCUCACCAUGAGAUCGGGAGGUACAUACAUCCCGCCUGCCAGGUUGCGAGCGCUUCAAGCAGAGAUUACGGACAAAAGCAGUAAAGAGUAUCAGCGCAUGGCCUGGGAAGCGCUCAAGAAAUCCAUCAAUGGUUUGAUUAAUAAAGUCAACGUCUCGAACAUCAAGCACAUUGUUCCAGAGUUAUUCGGAGAGAACCUGGUUCGCGGACGGGGCUUGUUUUGCAGAAGCAUCAUGAAAGCCCAGGCAGCGUCUCUUCCCUUCACACCCAUCUACGCUGCAAUGGCUGCAAUCGUCAACACCAAGCUUCCCCAAGUCGGCGAGCUGCUACUCAACCGUCUAGUGGUUCAAUUCCGCAAGGCUUUCAAGCGGAACGACAAAGCCGUCUGCAUCUCUUCUACCACAUUUAUCGCCCAUCUUUGCAACCAGCAAGUUGCGCACGAGACUGUGGCUGCUCACCUCCUUCUACUACUGUUGCACAAACCAACAGACGAUUCGGUGGAAAUCGCCGUCGGAUUGACGAGAGAAGUAGGACAGCAUUUGGAGGAAAUGAGCCCACCGAUCGCGUUGGCAGUAUUCGACCAAUUCCGAAGCAUCCUCCACGAAGCCGAUAUUGACAAGCGAACUCAGUACAUGAUUGAAGUUCUGUUUCAAGUGAGGAAAGACCGAUACAAGGAUAACCCUGCCAUCAGGGAAGAACUAGAUCUGGUGGAGGAAGAAGAUCAGAUCACACAUCAGGUUGACUUGGACGACGACAUCGACACACAAGAUACGCUCAACAUUUUCAAGUUUGAUCCUGAAUGGGAAGAGCACGAGGAAGCAUAUCGAAAACUGAAGGCUGAGAUUCUGGGAGAGGACAGUGGUGAUGAAGAAGACGCUGGAAGUAGUGAUGAUGACGAAAGCUCCGACGAUGAAGAAGCAGAGCAAGAGCGAGCAAUGGAAAUUAAGGAUCAAACAAACACUAAUUUGGUCAACCUACGACGAACCAUCUACCUCACCAUCAUGUCCAGCCUGGACUUUGAAGAAGCAUGCCACAAGUUGAUGAAAGUUCAACUUCCAGCUGGGCAGGAACCCGAAUUGCCGUCUAUGAUUAUCGAAUGCUGUUCACAAGAGAAGACGUAUUCUAACUUUUUCGGUCUUAUUGGAGAACGCUUUGCAAAACUCAACCGCCUCUGGACAGAUCUAUUCGAGCAGGCUUUCGCCAAGUAUUAUGACACUAUCCACCGAUAUGAGACGAACAGGCUACGCAACAUCGCCCGUUUCUUCGGCCAUUUGCUCAGUACUGAUGCCAUUGGCUGGCAUGUGCUCUCGGUGGUGCAUCUGAAUGAGGAUGAAACAACCUCGAGCAGUCGAAUCUUCAUCAAGAUCUUGUUCCAAGAUCUGGCCGAGUCUCUAGGCAUGCCGAAACUGCAAGAAAGAAUGAAAGACGACAUCCUCCGCCCCAGCUUCACGGGUAUUUUCCCUACCGACAAUCCACGAAACACACGCUUCUCGAUCAAUUACUUUACCAGCAUCGGUAUGGGUGCGCUCACCGAAGAAAUGCGAGAAUAUCUCAAGAAUUUGCCAAAGCCGGCUCCUCCUGCGCUUCCCGCUCCUAAGGCCGAUGAUGUCUCCGAUUCGGAAAGUGUCAGCUCGUACUCGAGCUACUCGAGCUACACGACUAGCCGGUCGUACACUAGAAGCCCAACGCCAGAUCGACGCAGGAUCAGAGAUGGCCGAUCACCAAGCCCGGUUCGCAGGGACGUAGCACGAGGAAGGGAUCGAGGCGACAGCUACUCGGUGUCACGCUCACGAUCUCCAGCACCACGCCGUGGAAGGGAACGAAGUUACAGCACCUCGCUAUCGCGGUCGCGGUCGCCACCACGCCGAGGUGCCGAUCGAAAGAGAUCGCCCUCAUACUCGGUGUCCCGGAGUCCUCCACGACGAAAUGUAGCUCCCGCUCGUCCACGAGGUCGAUCACCAACUCGCUCGCGAAGUCGCGGCUACUCGGGCGGAUCUCGUUCACGUUCGCGUUCACCGGCACCGCGAAGAGGAGCUCCAGUGGCACGUGCAAGAAGAGUUUCAGCGUCACGUAGUCCCUCUGGCUCUCCACCGCCGCGCCGACGGAAAUAUUCCACAUCGCGGUCUCGAUCUCGGUCUCCUCCACGGUUCGCAGCACGACGAGAUGCUCCUCGCGACGAUCCAGUCCGGAAAGGCAUUCAGAGACGCUCUCCGUCGCCCGUCCGGUCAGUCUCACGCUCCCCGCCGCGCCGUGGAAACGCAAAGGGAAGACCUAGGUACUCGCCAAGCAGAAGCAGAAGCAGGAGUAGGAGUUACACUCCGCCGUCACGCAGGGCACCGCCGCCGCCUGCAACGAGGAGAAGAAGGAACUCAUCAAGCGAACGGUCAGCCUCAGAGUCCCGCUCGCCCUCGCCCUCGCCACCGAGACGAUCGUCAAGAAGGAGUCCGAGUCCAGUCCGUCGUCGUGGGGGUGGUGGUGGUUAUGGUGGCAGAGGUAGACCGAGACGAAGCUCGAGUCCUAACCCCAAGACCUCAGGACGGGCGAGAGCCGCGGACUUUGAUUGA